AUGGCAGAUGGCGUAUUCCUAUGGGUUCGCCUUGUCGUCUACUCACUUCUGAAUGGCGUUGGUCACCAUGACUCACCUUCGGCUCUACGACAGAAGCUGAAGGCACUUCCUAAAGAUUUGGAUGAAUUGUUCGACAAACUACUGGGUUCUAUUGACCCCGCCAAUCGCAAAAGACCCGGUUUCCCAUUUAAGGGCCCCGUCCGAGGUUAUUCUGACAAGGAAAUCAAAAUAAGACAUCAAGAUCUACGAUGCCAGCUCGAUACAUUGUCGAAGGGGCUCUUGGAGAUGGUACCUACUAAGCAUUCCGACAACCUCUAUUUCAAAUACGAGGUCCAAUUCCUUCAUCGUACUGUGCGAGAGUACCUUCAAGACGACUUGAUAAUUAGCCCAAUAAAGGCUAGACUCACGAGCUUUAAUUUUACUAAGGAGUUCAGCCGCUUAUGUCUGGCAGAGUUCAAAUUCUCCAGGACGAAGAAUGACUACUUGCGUACAGUCAUUUCUCCAUACUAUGGCAACUUCCUCCAUUGUUACAAUCAGCUGACCAAGGAGCAUAUUUCUGGGGAGGACCUGCUUCUCAAAUAUCUGGAUGAGCUCGGAAGGAUUCUCGACAGUCAUAGUCAACUUCCAUCCUUUUACCCUAACGAGACAGACACAGAUACUGGAGAUCUUUUCUGGCGCCAGAUGUGGAACGUGCGGAAUCACGUCCAACCAUGCAAUGUCAAGCAUAUUUCUUAUCUCCAUUUGACCGCUUUGUAUCGUCAGGCCAAAUAUGUGUCUCACAAAAUAUUGGAGCACCCCGAAUUGGCUCAGACUAGUGAUGACUUGAGCCUCCUUCUUUCCGUCUCUCUCGCACCGAACCCUGACCCUGACUUGGUACUCUUUCUCUUAGAACAUAGCGCCUCCUGCCAUGACCAAGUUCGAAUACGCGAUGAAAAAUCAGAAUACCCCACAACAACGGUAUUAUCCAAUAUAAGACAAACAUUUUCUAACUGUUGGCCCUUGGCCGGAGCCUUGCAAAAGAAUCGCCCAGAUCCCUCAGUCAAUGCCCCUGUGGACAAAGGGACUUUUUCAAACCCAUCCGUCCACGUGCGACCCAAGUUUCGAUACUGGAUUCCGGAUGCUUCGGUUGACCCUGCAAUCGUUGCCCGCGACGUUCAGGCUGCUGGCAAUGUAGGCGCUGCUGGACUGGAGGCUCUAGGUUACUAUCUGUACGGUGGUCCGCCGUCAAAUGCAGGAAGAGGAACCGCUGCUCCGGUUUCAUGGGCCACAUAUGGAUUUGGAACAGAGGCAUGGAACACUCUCUUCAAGGCCAUGGCACAAGCCCACAAAGACAACAAUCUGAUUAUGGACUUCGCCAUGGGACCGAAUCAGGGGACAGGUGUGCCCGCCCCAGCCAAUUCUGAUGGACUCAUGUGGGAUCUCGUCGCUUUCAACGUAUCUGUGCCAGUAGAGAGGUACUUCCAACGACACCCUGCCAGGAUGGGGCACAGGAAAACUGGAAGCUGCGGUAACUGCGUUGGCGACGAAGUCGGAGGUUCUCACAUAACGCUGGCUACAUCCAGCCUGACGGACGUUACCAGCAAGGUCGAUGCAAACGGGCACUUGGAAGUUCAAUUCGACGGCAAUGUUCAAGGGCUAAAUUACACCGUCUUCGCUAUCUAUCUCAUCCACUCCCUCUACCGAGCACAGGAUGGGCCUGAAGAUCUGGGUGGACCACAGACUCCGGCGAAAUCUCUUGCGCAGAACGGCUCCACAUCCUCAAAGAACGGCACGCGGGAACUGCUCAUGGAUGUAGGAAACUACGGCUGGGAGGACAGCGUUGAAAUCGAAGCGAAUGUGUACUGGACACAAAACAUGUCCAGCCUCUUCCAGGCCGAUCACGGUUAUUCAAUAUCCAAGUGGCUUCCUAUACUGUUCCACCGGAAUGGUCAUGCAAAGCAAUCGAAUCCGCCGGUCUGGUGGGUUACCGAUGAGCCUGAUAACGGAAACAGUCAUAUUGCGGACUAUCGAAAGACGCUUGCGGCGCAAUAUCAUAAAUAUCUAAAUACGUGGGCCGAAGACUACCUGGGUCUAGAGUUUUCUGCCCAAGUAUCAUACAACCUGCCAAUGGACAUGCUCGCAAACAUCCCCACUGUCGAUGCUCCUGAAUGCGAAUCGCUCGACUUUUCCGACCUGAUCGACGGGUAUCGUCAGUACGCAGGCCCUGCGAAUCUUGCCAGCAGACGUAUCGUCUCGUCUGAGUGCGGUGCUGUUCGCGGCGAGGCGUUCGCUCAGACGUUGCCCGAGUUGCUCUGGAAGACGAAACGCUCGUUCGUUGGGUCUAUUAACCAGUUUGUGUUCCAUGGAUUUCCAUAUUCCGGAAAUUACGGCAAUACGACAUGGCCGGUGUUCACCACGUUCAACUAUCAGUACUCUUCGAUGCAUGGUCCACACGAACCUGCUUGGGAGUUUUACCGCGAUCAGAUCGACUUCGUCGCGCGGAACAACUACAUACUCCAGUCUGGAACGCCGAAGAUUGACGUCGCUUUUUGGCAGAAAAUCACCACGUAUCCAGGGCACAUAACGAACAGGACAUACGAACCGACAGACUUGGAAGAAAAGGUCGAGGAUGGCGUUCUCGCUCCUGAUGCGCAGGCCUUCCGGGCGAUGGUCGUCAGAGCCAACGACUCGCUCACCGUUGACGGCGUGUCGAAACUCGUCGAGUUUGCUCAUGCCGGUCUCCCAAUCAUUUUCUCUGGCGGUCUUCCGUCGUCAUAUCUUGGAACCAAGGACCCGAAGAGUAUCGCGGAUGCACAACACUCGCUGAACGAAACCACGUCGCUGCCAAAUGUCCAUGUCACAGACUCUCGGUCCCGGGUCAUCCUCUCCUUCGUACACGGUCUCAAACGGUACAAAGCAGGUUCUUCCACUGGUCCAAGUUCGCCCAUCACGCUGGAGAAUUGGACCUUGACAGUCGAACACUGGGACCCGCCAUCGAACCUGUCCGACAUCGAGGGCGGCGCUAGAAAAUACGACACAACGCACCAUCUCCCCCGGCUUGUCUCGUGGCAGGAGAUUCCGGGGCUGCAGAAUGUCUCAGGAAGAGGCUACUAUUCUACCUCUUUUGAGUGGCCUCCCUCUGACGGCGUCGAUGUCGACGGCGCAAUCAUCGACUUUGGCUUCGUGGUACACACCCUCCGCGUCAGCGUGAAUGGACAUCAACUGCCGCCUCUGGACGUCACAGCCGCAAAAGCAGAUAUCGGACAGACACUUGUUCACGGAACGAACGUGGUCGAAGCCGUCGUGGCGACUCCUCUGGGCAAUGUCCUCCGGCCCAUCUGGUAUCAGUUGCAGACGUCGGGAACAGGGCCAAGUGAUCCUGUUGCUGGAGGGCCUCCGCCGCCAGCGGGGAAUUAUGGAUUGUUGAAGGAUGUGGUUGUGGUGCCGUAUAAGGAGGUAGUCGUGGGUGGAGAUUAG